CCCCGCUCACACCAUCCAGCAGGUGGGCGGGGAGCAGAGAGAGCAGGGAGUAAGAGGGAACAGGGCUCAAGGGGCUGAGUGUGAGGGGCUUUAUGUACACAGAAGAGUUGAGAGUGCAAGAGGGAGACAGUUGGCGAUGUGGCUGAAGGUGGGGGGUCUACUGCAGGGGACCCGUGGACAGUUGGGCCAGACCGUUGGUCUGCCUUGUGGGGCUCUGGGGCCUGGGCUCCACUGGCAGGGGCUCUAUGGGGAUUCUUGGGCCCGAAAACUUCAUCAGGGUAAGCCUAGCACAGGCCUGGGAGAGGAAGAUAUUCGCAAGGCACGGGAGGCUCGGCUCAGGAAGACACCCCGGCCCCAGCUGAGUGACCGCUCUCGAGAACGCAAGGUGCCCGCCUCCCGCAUCAGCCGCUUGGCCAACUUUGGCGGACUGGCUGUGGGCUUGGGGCUGGGAGCACUGGCCGAGGUGGCCAAGAAGUCCCUGCCGGGAGGAUCUCUACAGUCAGAAGGCGGCUCCCAGCCAGGCUCCAGCCCUUUCCUGUCAGAGGCCAAUGCCGAGCGGAUUGUGCAGACUUUGUGUACCGUUCGGGGGGCCGCCCUCAAGGUUGGCCAAAUGCUCAGCAUCCAGGACAACAGCUUCAUCAGCCCCCAGCUGCAGCGCAUCUUCGAGCGGGUCCGCCAGAGCGCCGACUUCAUGCCCCGCUGGCAAAUGCUGAGAGUCCUGGAAGAAGAGCUUGGCAGGGACUGGCAGGCCAAGGUGGCUUCUCUGGAGGAGGUGCCCUUUGCCGCCGCCUCAAUCGGGCAGGUGCACCAGGGCAUGCUCAGGGACGGGACGGAGGUGGCCGUGAAGAUCCAGUACCCAGGCGUUGCCCAGAGCAUCCAGAGCGACGUCCAGAACCUGCUGGCAGUGCUCAAGAUGAGCAUGGCCCUGCCUGACGGCCUGUUUGCUGAGCAGAGUCUGCAGGCACUGCAGCAGGAGCUGGCUUGGGAGUGUGACUACCGGCGGGAGGCGGCUUGUGCCCAGAAUUUCAGGCAGCUGCUGGCAGACGACCCCUUCUUCCGGGUGCCGGCAGUGAUUAAAGAACUCUGCACGAAGCGGGUGCUGGGCAUGGAGCUGGCUGGAGGGGUCCCCCUGGACCAAUGCCAGAGCCUAAGCCAGGACAUCCGGAACCAGAUCUGCUUCCAGCUCCUCAGGCUGUGUCUGCGGGAGCUGUUUGAGUUCCGCUUCAUGCAAACAGACCCCAACUGGGCCAACUUCCUGUAUGACGCCUCCAGCCACCAGGUGACUUUGCUGGACUUUGGUGCAAGCCGGGAAUUUGGGACCGAAUUCACAGACCAUUACAUUGAGGUAGUGAUGGCUGCAGCCAAUGGAGACAGAGAUCAGGUGCUGCAGAAAUCCCGGGACCUCAAAUUCCUCACAGGCUUUGAAACCAAGGCAUUCUCGGAUGCCCACGUGGAGGCCGUGAUGAUCUUGGGGGAACCUUUCGCCACCCAUGGCCCCUACGACUUUGGGGCAGGUGACACUGCCCACCGCGUGCAGUGCCUCAUCCCGGUGCUGCUGCAGCAUCGGCUCCGCCCACCGCCCGAGGAGACCUAUGCCCUGCACCGCAAACUGGCAGGGGCUUUCCUAGCCUGCGCCCGCCUCCGCGCCCACAUCGACUGCCGGGACCUCUUCCAGGACACCUACCAUCGAUACUGGGCUAGUCGCCAGGCUCAACCAGUUCCCGAAGCCUCCUGACCAGAGUUGACGUCGGAUCAAAGCCCCUCAGACAGCUUCCCUCCGGGAAAUCCGGCCAGUAGGGGGCCAUCCCCAGCUGUGAUGCCUCUUUCCCACUCUGCUUCUGUCUGAGGACACCGCCUGGGUUUCCCAGUCUUGCCUAGCGCCCUUCCCUGGGGCUUGGGGAAUGCUGGGGCUAGGGAACUCUCCACUUCACGCCUCCGUAUCCCGCAUUCCCCACCCCAGAGUGGCCAUCCGGGAACUCUAUGUCAGAGCUUAAUUUAUUCCUGCCGGCAUUUGAGAGAGCCUCAGGCCCCCUGCACACCAUGAUGGAGAUGCAGAUUCGUCUAGAGGGGAGUCCCUCAGCUGCGCCUCAGGUCUCCCACAGAUCUGGCUAGUGAGAGAGGUGGGGUGGUGGUUGGUGGAGGCAGCCCUCACCUUUGCUUCCUUCACCCCACCACCAGCUGCCUUCUUCCCGUCCAUCCCGUGUUGCGGGGCGGGAGGGGGGGGGAUGUUUGAACCUUUAGUUUGAAUAAAAUUGGCCUUCCCCUUC